AUGGCUUCACACGAUUCUUUACGAAGCGCCCCUGGCAGCCAUAACAAUGCUGCGGUCCCUGCGCCUGCAUCUGCAGUAUCCGCACCUACUCCGCCAAGUACGAAAGACUACAAAGGUUUUGUGGGUGGCAUCUUUUCAGGUAUUGCGAAAUUAAGUGUUGGCCAUCCGUAUGUCUUUUCCGCGUCUCAAUAUCCACUUGCUGUUUCUAUCAUACUAACCCCAAUCCCACGACACAGCUUUGAUACUAUUAAAGUCCGCCUUCAAACGAGCAAAGAUGGACAUUUUAAGGGCCCAAUGGAUUGUACUAUGCAGACACUCCAAAAGGAAGGUGUGCGCGGUUUGUACAAAGGCGCAUCUCCACCGCUGGUCGGGUGGAUGAUGAUGGACUCUGUCAUGCUAGGUUCAUUAACAUUCUACCGACGACUUCUGCAAGAGAACGUCUUCUCCCAGCCACACUUACGAUCCUACAUCCCUUUCACACGCUGCCAACCUGACUUGACGAUACUCCCAACAUUUGGUCAUGGAAUUGCUGGUGUCAUGGCUGGAACUACAGUCAGUAUGAUUGCUGCACCUGUUGAGCAUAUCAAGGCCCGUCUUCAAAUACAAUAUGCUGCCGACAAGAGCAAACGCAUGUACAGUGGUCCGAUAGACUGUACUCGCAAAAUUCUUAACGCACACGGCAUCAGAGGCUUGUACCGCGGACUAUGCGCCACUAUGUUCUUCCGAUCCUUUUUCUUCUUCUGGUGGGGCUCAUACGACCUGAUUACUCGCUACAUGAAACAAAACACCAAUCUUUCAGCCCCGGCGGUCAACUUCUGGGCGGGUGGGAUCUCAGCUCAGAUCUUCUGGAUGACCUCCUACCCGUCAGACGUGGUGAAACAGCGCCUGAUGACCGACCCGAUGGGCGGUGCCCUGAAAGAUGGGCAGAGGCAGUUCCGCAGCUGGAAGGACGCAGCUGUGGCCAUUGGCCGAGAACGUGGGUGGAGAGGGUACUGGCGGGGCUUCCUGCCCUGCUUCCUCAGGGCGUUCCCGGCGAACGCAAUGGCCCUGGUUGCGUUCGAGGGGGUCAUGCGGACUUUACCAUAA